AUGUUUCUUUCUUUUCUUUCUUUCAAUCUAUGCUCAAUGUUUCUUUCAUUCUUUCUUUCUUUCUUUCAAUCUAUGCUCAAUGUUUCUUUCUUUCUUUCUUUCUUUCUUUCAAUCUAUGCUCAAUGUUUCUUUCUUUCUUUCUUUCUUUCUUUCUUCUUUCAAUCUUUCUUUCUUUCUUUCUUUCUUUCAAUCUAUGCUCAAUGUUUCUUUCAUUCUUUCUUUCUUUCUUUCUUUGCUUUCUUUCUUUCUUUCUUUUUUCAAUCUUUCAAUCUUUCUUUCUUUCUUUCUUUCUUUCUUCUAUGCUCAAUGUUUUUUCUUUCUUUCUUUCUUUCUUCUAUUUUUUUCUUUCUUUCUUUCUUUCAAUCUAUGCUUGUUUCUUUUUUUCUUUCUUUCUUUCAAUAUUUCUUUUUCUUUCUUUUUUCUUUUCUUUCUUUUCUUUCUUUCUUUCUUUCUUUCUUUCAAUCUUUCUUUCCAAUGUUUCUUUUCUUUCUUUCUUUCAAUCUUUCAAUUUUUCUUUCUUUUCUUUCUUUUUUCUUUCUUUCUUCUUUCUUUUCUUUCUUUCUUUCUUUUUCUUUCAAUCUAGAUUCUUUCAUUCUUUCUUUCUUUCUUUCUAUCUCUGCUCAAUGUUUCUUUUUCUUUCUUUCUUUCUUUCAAUCUCUGCUCAAUGUUUCUUUCUUUAUUUCUUUCAAUCUUUCUUUUUUUCUUUCAAUCAAUUCUUUCUUUCUUUCUUUCAAUCUAUGCUUUCUUUUCUUUCUUUCUUUCUUUCUUUCUUUCUUUCUUUCUUUUUUUCUUUUUCUUUCUUUCUUUCAAUCUUUGCUCAAUGUUUCUUUCUUUCUUUCUUUCUUUCUUUCUUCUAAUCAAUUUUCUUUCAUUCUUCUUUCUUUUUCAAUCUUUCUUUUCUUUUUCUUUCUUUCUUUCUUUCUUUUCAAUUUUCUUUCUUUUUCUUUCUUUCAAUCUAUGCUCAAUGUUUCUUUCUUUUUCUUUCUUUCUUUCUUUCUCAAUCUUUCUUUCUUUUUUUUCUUUCUUUCUUUCUUUUCUUUCUUUUUCUUUUCUUUCAAUCUCUUUCAAUGUUUCUUUCUUUCUUUCUUUCAAUCUUCAAUUUUCUUUCUUUCUUUCUUUCUUUCUUUCUUUUCUUUUCUUUCUUUCUUUCUUUUUUCAAUCAAUCUCUCAAUGUUUCUUUUUUCUUUCUUUUUUCUUUUCUUUCAAUCUUUCUUUCUUUCUUUCUUUCAUUUCUUUCUUUCUUUCUUUCAAUCUUAUCUUUUUCUUUCUUUUUUCUUUCUUUCUUUCAAUCUUUUUCUUUCUUUCUUUCAAUCUUUCUUUUUCUUUCUUUCUUUCUUUCUUUCUCUUUUCUUUCUUUCUUUUUUUCUUUCUUUCAAUCUAUGCUCAAUGUUUCUUUCUUUCUUUCUUUCUUUCAAUCUGUGCUCAAUGUUUCUUUCAUUCUUUCUUUCUUUCUCUUUCUUUCUUUCAUUUUUUCUUUCUUUCUUUCUCUUUUCUUUCUUUUCUUUCUUUCUUUCUUUCUUUCUUUCUUUCUUUCAAUCUAUGCUCAAUGUUUCUUUCAUUCUUUUCUUUCUUUCUUUCUUUCUUUCUUUCUUUCAAUCUAUGCUCAAUGUUUCUUUCUUUCUUUCUUUUUCAAUCUAUGCUCAAUGUUUCUUUCUUUCUUUCUUUCUUUCAAUCUCUUCUCAAUGUUUCUUUCUUUCUUUCUUUCAAUCUAUGCUCAAUGUUUCUUUCUUUCUUUCUUUCUUUCUUUCAAUCUAUGCUCAAUGUUUCUUUCUUUCUUUCUUUCUUUCUUUCAAUCUAUCUAUGCUCAAUGUUUCUUUCUUUCUUUCUUUCUUUCAAUCUAUGCUCAAUGUUCCUUUCUUUCUUUCUUUCUUUUCUUUCUUCAAUCUUCUUUCUUUCUUUCUUUCUUUUCUUUCAAUCUUUCUUUUUCUUUCUUUCUUUCUUUCUUUCUUUUUCUUUUCUUUCUUUCUUUCUUUCUUUCAAUCUCUAGAUUUCUUUCUUUCUUUCUUUCAAUCUUGCUUUUUCUUUCUUCUUUCUUUCUUUCUUCUUCUUUUUUUUUCUUUCUUUCUUUCUUUCUUUCUUUCAAUCUUUCUUUCUUUCAAUCUAAUUUUCAAUCUUUCUUUUUUUUCUUUCUUUCUUUCAAUCUUUUCUCUUUUGUUUCUUUCUUUCAAUCUUUCUUUCUUUUUUCUUUUCAAUUAUGCUCAAUUUCUUUCUUUCUUUUCUUUCUUUUUUUUCUUUCAAUCUUUCUUUUUCUUUCUUUCUUUCUUUCUUUUCUUUCUUUUUCUUUCUUUCUUUCAAUCUAUGCUCAAUGUUUCUUUCUUUCUUCCUUUCUUUCUUUCAAUGUUUCUUUCUUUUUUUCUUUCUUUCUUUCUUUCUUUCUUUCUUUCUUUCUUUUCUUUCUUUCUUUCUCUUGCUUUUUCUUUCUUUCUUUCUUUCUUUCUUUCUAUGCUCUUUUUCUUUCAUUCUUUCUUUCUUUCUUUCAAUCUUUCUCAAUUUUCUUUCUUUCUUUCUUUCUUUCUUUCUUUCUUUCUUUCUUUCUUUCAUUUCUUUCUUUCUUUCUUUCUUUCAAUCUAUGCUCAAUGUUUCUUUCAUUCUUUCUUUCAAUCUUUCAAUUUUCUUUCUUUCUUUCUUUCAAUCUUUCAAUUUUCUUUCUCUUUUUUUUUCUUUCUUUUUCUUUCUUUCUUUCUUUCAAUCUCUUUCAAUGUUUCUUUCUUUUUCUUUCUUUCUUUCAAAUCUUUCUUUCAAUCUUUCUUUCUUUCUUUCUUUCUUUCAAUUUUCUUUCUUUUUUUUUCUCUUUCUAAUGUUUCUUUCAUUCUUUCUUUCUUUCUUUCAAUCUUUUUCUUUUUUCUUUCUUUCUUUUCUUUCUUUCUUUCUUUCUUUCUUUUCUUUUUUUUUUCUUUCUUUCUUUCAAUGUUUCUUUCAUUUCUUUCUUUCUUUCUUUCUUUCUUUUUUCUUUCUUUCUUCUUUCUUUCUUUCUUUCUUUUCUUUUUUUCUUUCUUUUUUUCUUCUUUCAAUGUUUCUUUCAUUCUUUCUUUCUUUCUUUCUUUCAAUCUUUGUUUCUUUCUUUCUUUUCAAUCUUUCUUUCAAUGUUUCUUUCUUUCUUUCUUUUUUCAAUCUUUUCUUCUUUCUUUCAAUCUUUUCAUUUUCUUCUUUCUUUUCUUUCUUUCUUUCUUUCUUUCUUUCUUUUCUUUCUUUCAAUCUAAUGUUUCUUUCAUUUUUCUUUUCUUUCUUUCUUUCUUUCAAUCUUUCUCAAUCUUUCUUUCUUUCUUUUUCUUUCUUUCAAUCUUUCUUUCUUCUUUCUUUCAAUCUUUCAAUGUUUCUUUCUUUCUUUCUUUCUCAAUCUAA